ACCAGACUCUUAUGCUCUUUCGCAUCAGCCGGAAGAACAAGAAAUCCGAGAAAUUCAACCUGGUCAAUGGCGUGACAAGGGCGAAAAAAUAUAUGGUCCAAAUGCGGACAUUGUAUACUGGCCAAAAGAUAGACACUGUGAAUCGAUCAAAGAUAUUCCUGAUA